AUGCAAUGGGCCACGCAGGAACACGACCGUCUCUGGGUCAUUCUCAAUCACCUCAAAGACGAUGUUCAUCCUGAUAGUGAAUUGCUCCAAUCAUUCAUGAACCACGAGAUCCUUCAAUUAUUAUCAACUGCGGGUCGAAUUCAAGCCAUCAAGGGACUACUUCAUAAUUCAUUUGUCAAGAUGAGCACAUUGGCGCUGUAUUGGGACGACAAGGUGAUGGAGGUGAUAAUGAAUACAUCUCCUCAGCUCGGGGAUCUGGAACUGAUGACGUUGUGGAAAACACAGCAUAAUAGAAUUGCUCAUCUGCGCGCGUCAGGUUGUGGUUCAAGCAGACACGGCGACUUCGAGCAUCUUUUUGAACCAAUCAGGCUUGAUGAAGAGCGACAACAAGAAAGGGAUGAACUAAUGGUGGACCGACAGCAAGAAUUACCUGAUGAUAUUCUGGAUCGACAGCAAGAAAUACCUGACGAUGUUGUGCAUCCACAGCAAGAAUUACCAGAUGAGAUUGAGGUCGGACAGCAAGAAAGGCCUGAUGAGAUUGAAGGCCAAAGAGAAGAGGAUGUACCAGGUGCUAACACACUGUUUAUGAUUGAUGAAGAUGAUAUUGAUGAUGCAGAAUGGGAGAAUAGGAUUGAUGCAGGAAUGCUCACCAACAUGAUGCAAAAUGUUGGUCUUGAAUAUGACUAG